ACGCCCCGCCUCUCGCGUCUAGCCAGAUUGAGAGGAAGCGAGCUGCCCCUCACGGAGUCUGUCGGGGGCUGGAAGGAAGGGGCGAAGGUGGAGCGGGGCGAGGAGGCGGAGGCGGCGGGGCCUUCGCGGGGACGGAGCUUGGCCCUGUCAGGAGGAGCAUUUACUGAAGACAACAAUGGAUCGAUUUGAUGUGAAGCCCCCUCCCUCUCGGAGCCGUUCCAAAACUGCUUUGUAUGUGACUCCUCAGGAUCGUGUCACUGAGUUUGGCAGUGAACUGUAUGAAGAUGGGGGGAAGCUGUAUUGCACUUUCUGCAAUGUGGUCCUGAAUCAUGUCCGCAAGUCUGCGAUCAACGAUCAUCUCAAAUCCAAAACUCAUACCAAGCGUAAGGGGGAGUUUGAAGAGCAAACUGUCAGGAAGAAACCAAGGACUCUGACUGCCUCUCUGCAGUGCAACAGUGCAGCCCAAAUAGAGAAACCCAAUGUUGUCCAGGACUUUGUAAAAAUGUUUCUGGAAGCCAGCAUUCCUCUUGAAAAGGCCGAUCAUCCAGCUGUACGAGCUUUCCUGUCUCGUCAUGUGAAGAACGGGAACUCCAUACCCAAGGCAGAUCAGCUAAGGAAAGUCUACUUGCCUGAUGGAUAUACAAAUCAGCUGAUCAAAUCUGAAGACCACUGAGGGGUAGUCCUUGGCUUUUAGGGUCAACUUGAAAGCUGGCUCAAGUAACUGGACUUUUUAUCCAUGUGAAUAUGGAAUGUUUUUGAAGUUUGCUCAGUCCGGGCCUUUAUAGUAUGAUUUCCUAAAGAGAAGCAGAGUUACUGGUUCCUUUUGCUUUUAUAUACAUUGUUUUAUUUUUCCUUGACAUUCUUUCCAGGCAAUGCAGUAUUCUUGGGAAGUUGUCGUGCCUGAUUGAAAUAUUCUUAAUGCAUCCACAAAGAGCUGUGCAGAAUAUUCUUGUCUUUCCUAUUUUUAUGUUUAUUUUAAAUACUCAACUUUGGAUAUUUGCCUAGACUACACUCUUGAUACUUAUUUUUUCCUAAUGCAAUUUCAAAAGCAGAAACAUAGCUUUAAACUGCUGUUUUUUUAAAGUGCCCAAAUAAAUGGUGAAUGGGGCUGGGAGUAUGGGAAAUAUCACCAUCUCUCUUUGUACUAAAAUUAGAGAUGGAGCAGAAUAAAAAAGGAGCCCUUUAAGGAAAGGGCAAGCCUUCCAAGUUCAAAAGACCCAUAGAGUUUUUAUUAGCAAGUGUUGGCAUUGGUGAAUGCAGUCCAGGACCUAAAGCCUAAUAGUCUUUUUAAAAAAUACAGUCAGCCCUUCUUAUACACGGAUUUGUUAUACACGGAUUCAAGCAUACACGGUUUGAAAAUGUUCCAAAAAAGUAUAAAUUUCAAUGAUCAAACCUUUAUUUUCC